AUGACGAAUAAGUUGGCACUUGAAGCCAUUGAUAGGACUUUCCGAGAUUUAAUGAGUUCAAAUGUGUCUUCGGCUCGUGAUAUUCCCUUUGGUGGGAAGUUAUUGUGCUUGGUGGUGAUUUUAGACAAGUGUUCUUAUGCGGUUCAAAAAGAGGAUGAAAUUAUCGUUGAUAUUCCAAGUAAUUUACUUAUUCCUCCAACUGAUAAUCUUAUUCAGGAUAUUGUUUCAACUCUUAUUCAGGAUAUUGUUUCAACUAUAUAUUCACAUAUUGAUGAUAACCAUGGGAUACCAAAUCAUGUUCUUAAAUUGAAAAAUUGUGCUCCUAUUAUUUUGCUAAGGAACAUAGAUAAGGCAAAUGGAUUGUGUAAUGAAACUCGACUCAUUGUUCAAGAUCUUGGAGAUAAUAUUAUUGGUGCUGAAAUUGUGUAUGGAAGUAACAUUGGUGUCAAAGCUUUUAUUCCUCGGAUGAAUUUAGUACCGAGUGAUUCUGGUUUAACAUUGCUGACAAUGGAUUUUGAUUAG